AUGGGAAACCGGAGAUCUUGCUUUACGAAGCCUGCGGCUGCCAAAGCAGGGCCAGGGCCGGACGCCGAUGUGGCGUCCGAGGGCCAGCUUGUUCUUGUCCGCGUUGAGCAGGUCUCGGGGAAUCAGCUCCUUUGCGAGCGCUUCCGCAGCGACGCGCCUGUGCGCGAGAUUUUCGACCGAGUCAUCUCGACAGGUGGCUUGGGAAAUCUUCAUCUUCUCUCCGGGACGGAGAAGCUCGAGCUCUCAGAGACGCUGGGAGGCCGAGGCUUUGGCGCGGAGGUGGCGCUGACGGCCGUGGCAAUUCCGAACUUGGCCUUCCGCAAGCCAUGCGAGAUGAGCAGCAACUACACGCACCCAGGCAGCGAACCGCGGCCUCGGGAACGCGACGCGGUGGACGGCGACAACGAGGAUCGGACCGGCAACUGCGCCCACACCGGGGCAGACUCAGAGGCGUGGUGGCAGGUAGAUCUUGGAAACGCCUUCGAGAUCGGCGAGAUACACGUCUACACGCGCAAAGUAGCUAUGGAGAGGCUGUGGCCGUGCUACGUGCUGGUCUCGGAGAGGCCUUUCCCCCCGGGAAACGGCACGCUCGAGAUCGCCCGGAGGAGGGCCAGUGCCGAGCGCUUCUGUCCCAAGCCGCAGGGAGAGGGUGCAGAGCAACGGCGGAUGAUCCUUCCCUUCUCCUGCAAGGGCCGCUACGUCCGAGUUCAGCUGGCCCGGCGGCAGUGCCUGCAGCUUACGCAGGCAGGUUUGGAGCAGAACCACGUGAUCCUGCAACACCUGGCCAUCACUGAGAAGGACGCCGCCGCGGAGGCAGGUACGCAGGAAGCAGGCCUAACCGAGUCCUCUGGUCACUUGGUCCUCUGGUCCUCCGGUCCUUCGGUCCUCUGGUCCCGUGGUUUCCCGGAGCAGCAGCGGCUGGUGUCCGAAGCUGUUGAGUGCACAGGUGUCGAGGAAGAUGACGCGCUGUUGCUGUUGCGGGCCUGCCGAUGGGAUGUGGCCGUCUACAACGAGGCCUUCUUUGAGGACGCCGAGGCCCUCCGUGCGCGCCACGGCAUCUCCGAGGGCGAGGAAGAGCUGGGCCCUACCUCCGAGCUCUGUGGUAUCUGCUUCUGCGCUCCGGGGGAGCAGCUCUUGCCAUGCAGCCGCAGGGCGAAGCCGGAGGAGAAGCCGCACCCGGUCUUUUGCCUCGAUUGCUGGCGCCAGUACGCGCAAAUGUCGGUGGAGGAGGGCAAAGGCUGCCUAGAUCUUCACUGUCCAGCCCCUGGUUGCAAGGAACUCCUUCGACCGCGCCACUUCUCGCAACUCCUCGAGGCAUCAUCAAUGCGCCGCUUCCGCCGGUUCUUGACAGAGAGCCUCGUGGACGACUCCCAAGGGCGCGUCAAGUGGUGUCCCGGAGCAGGUUGCCAGCGCGCUGCGUCGGAUCCGGGCACCGGUGAGGUGCAGUGCCCUUGCGGUCUAGUGUGGUGCUUCGCCUGCGGCAACGACGUCCACAAACCUGUACAGUGCGAGACGGUGAAGCUGUGGGAAGCGAAGAAUCGCAACGAGGGCUCCGACGUGCUCUGGAUCAAGGUGAAUACCAAGCUUUGUCCAAAGUGCAACAACUCCAUUGAAAAGAACGGCGGCUGCAUGCACAUGACCUGCCGAAAACCUGGCGGGUGCGGCCACGAGUUCUGCUGGAUUUGCAUGAAGCCCUGGAAAGAUCACACCCAGUGCAACGCGAUAUCGGAAGACCAGCUGGAGACGCAGAAGAAGGCUGCCGCCAAAAGCGACCUCCUCCGCUACGCUCACUUCUUUGAUCGCUACCUGGCGCACCACAAGGCUGAGCAGUUUGCCGCCACGGGGCAAGCGAAGGCUCUAGAAGCCGUGGCAGAGCUCUACCUGCACCAGCUGCAAGUCGAGGUCAACGACGUGGCCUUCUUGAAAAGGGCCUGCGAGCAAGUUCGCAACAGCAGGCGCUUCCUCAAGUGGACCUACGCCUAUGGCUUCUUCGCCACCUACGCCGGGGACCAGCGGAAGCUCUUCGAGUUCCACCAGGCGCAGCUGGAAGGCACCCUGGAGCGGCUGAGCGACAUCUUGGAGAAUACUCACUGGGAGUCCUACCUGCUCACGGAGGUGCUCUCUUGCCAGCCCUUCUACGACCUGCGCGCUCGUGUGAUCAAUUUGACCGGCGUGGUCCACGACUUCUUCGGCAAGCUUCAGGAAGCCAUGCAGCAGGAUACGCUGUUACAGCUCACAGGCUCGCCCGCGCCAGCCAGCAAGCGGAAGCUACCGGUGUGA